ACAAAAAAGGUAACGUGCUAACAUUUGAAAUAUUUUGAAGGGAUAUUAAGGAAGUGCUGAUCAAAGCAAUGUAGUUUAAAGUGGUUUGAUAAUAAAAAUCUUGAUAUUUAAGAGACGAAAAAAAAUUGUAUAUCCAUAAUAUAAACACUUUCAAACAUAUGUAAUCGAAAUUGACGUGUGUAAAACCAUACUAAUAAAGUUACCGUGUACAAAAGAACACUAUUUUGUACAACACUUACCCAAACUUAUCUUGCUGUUACAAUGCGAACUGUAAUCCUGGUGUGUCUGUUGGCCGUCGCGGCGCUGGCUCGUCCAGAGAAGGAGUACUACACGGACAAGUACGAUAACAUUGACCUGGACGAGAUCCUGGACAACCGCCGGCUGCUGAUCCCGUACAUCAAGUGCUCACUCGACCAGGGCAAGUGCUCCGCUGAUGGCAGGGAAAUGAAAUCUCACAUCCGCGAUGCCAUGGAGACGGAAUGCUCGAAAUGUACGAAGAAACAGAAGAAAAACACCAGGAAAAUCCUGAGACACUUGAUAAUACACGAGAAGGACUUCUGGGAACAACUGAAGGCUAAAUACGAUCCUACAGCCAAGUACUACCCUACGUAUGAGCAUGCUGUCGAAAUUGAUGACAAGGCUUUCUUUGGAGAAGCUUAGGUAGUUAAUACAUUAUUUAUGUAGCUAUUAAGUCCUACUGUUGGGCAAAGACCCCUCUUUUUAUGUUUCAAACCACUUCUGUCACGCGCCUGUUGUUACCUUUCCUUGUUCAGUUCAUCGGACCAUCUUAUUCCCGGCUUCUCUAUCGACCUCUUGCCAUCAGUCGGGACUCAAGAAGUUACUUUUUAGUACCGUAAUAAAGCAUAUUUAAAU